AAUAGCAUUAGCAAUUAGCUAUUUUUCAAUCAAUAUUUUCUCUCGAGCUUCAUUUUUCUCUCAAAUAGAAUGGCAGAAGAAGUAAUUCUAUUAGAUUUUUGGUGUAGUAUGUAUGGCAUGAGAGCAAGAAUUGCACUUGCAGAAAAAGGUGUAAAUUAUGAGUACAAAGAAGAGGAUUUGAAGAACAAAAGCCCUUUGCUUUUGCAAAUGAACCCUAUUCACAAGAAAAUACCAGUAUUGAUUCACAAUGGGAAAUCAAUUUGUGAGUCACUUGUUAUAGUUCAGUAUAUUGAUGAUGUUUGGAAAGGCAAUGGUAACUUGUUAAUUCCUUCUGAUCCUUAUGAGAAAGCUCAAGCUUGGUUUUGGUCUGACUAUAUGGACAAUACCGUACAUGAAUAUGCAAGAAAGACAUGGGCAACAAAAGGAGAAGAGCAAGAGCAAGAGCAAGCAGUCAAAGAUUUUUUAGGUGGACUUCAGUUGAUAGAAGGAGUACUUGGUGACAAGCCUUAUUUUGGAGGAGACAAUUUUGGGUUUUUGGAUGUAUCUCUGAUUGGUUACUAUAGUUGGUUUCUUGCCUAUGAAACUUUUGGGAAAUUUAAUGUAGAAUCAGAAUGUCCUAAACUGAUUUCAUGGGUGAAAAGGUGUUUGGAAAGGGAUAGUGUCUCUAAGGCACUCCCUGAUUCUGAGAAAGUUCGUGAGUUUGUCCAAAACCUUAGGAAGAAGUUUGGAUUGGAAUGAAUAAAACAUUGGACACAGAAGCGGAUUCAGAAUUUAAAAUCUAUAAGUUCUUACGGCAACCUCAAGUUAAUUAUAUAUAUAAUAUGGAUAAAUCUACUGGAUUUCUGUCAUCCCGUAUGUUCUCUUCUAGAUCCGUCCAUGACUGGACAUUUCUCUUGUUGGAUUCUGUUUUUUUUCUUUUUACUGUUUCUAUUUUUGUUUUUAUGGAUUUCACUUAUGUAAUAAAUGUUCUCCAUUUCUGAUGAGAAUGGAUCUUUUAGCUUUUCUUGAUUUCUCUGUCAACAAGUAAAAGCAGUGCAAAUCUGUUCCUCUGAAAAUGAUUUACACUCUUCUUGAGU